CCAGGAGCCUCCCCAUUCCUGGCCAGUUGUGCCUCUCAUCUGGGCCUGUCACCUGAGUUUCAGCGGGAGCAGCUGGUCAUUUCGCCCACCCUACUGUUACCUGCACAUAGGAGGGGAAAGGGGCGGGGGUUGGGGGGGGCAAGAGGGCGCAGGGAAAGCUGCAUCCGGUCCAGUUUUGUCUGGAGAUUCGACACAUUCUCCAUACUUUACCAGGCCAUGACAAUGCAGCAAAAUCCUAGAGCUCAAAGUGGCCCUCCAUUUCUCCACUCCAGGGCUUUCUGACAGCCUUGCAGCCUCGAUUUCCCAGGCACUGCACUGCACUAAUUUGGGGAGUGUGGAUGUAUGGUUUGUUCAUCUCGCACACAGAGGCUGGGCAGGGUAACUUCUUUCCUGCCAAACUCAGAGUAGAGCAUGGGGGCGCCGCCCGGAGGGGGGGGGGAGCUGGCAGAGAAACAGGCUGCAGAGAUGCCCCAGCUUGCUGUGGUUCCGGCCACAGCUAGCCUCAGUCUGCAUUGAGCUCACAGCAGAUAGCAUUCGGGGAUUUUCCUAGCUACUGAAGACAUUUUUUUCUUUUUUGACGUUGCUGUAGUUUUGGGGCUUACUUCUGGGAUCAGCAGUGGUGGGAGUCUCCCUUGUUUUCCUACUUUCUUUGAAGAGAUAACUAUGCUGUAUUCAGCAGAAGUGGAUACAGGACGAACAGCAUAGUUCAAAGAUAAGAGGUGACCUCUCUUUUCCUGGAAUUUAAAAGGCGGUUUAGGAGGUGAGGUGCCCUACCUAAAAAGGUCAACUUUAAAAGACCCCAGCGGUGUUGUGUUUCAAGGCUUUCUCAAAGGAGGUGGCCAGAUCCGCUUUUCUCAACCGUGGGACUCUCCGCCUGGAAACUAUCACGGAAUUGAUGCGCAUACACGUGGUGGUUCAUUAUGCUGCUGCACCUGUGUAGUGUGAAGAAUCUGUACCAGAACAGGUUUUUAGGCCUGGCUGCCAUGGCAUCUCCAUCUAGAAACUCCCAGAGCCGACGCCGGUGCAAAGAGCCCCUCCGGUACAGCUAUAACCCAGACCAAUUCCACAACAUAGACAUCAGAAAUGGUGCCCAUGAUGGCAUCACCAUCCCUCGCUCUACCAGUGACACUGACCUGGUCACCUCAGACAGCCGCUCUACACUCAUGGUCAGCAGUUCCUACUAUUCUAUAGGGUAUUCCCAGGAUUUGGUGAUCCACUGGGACAUCAAGGAAGAAGUGGAUGCCGGAGACUGGAUUGGGAUGUACCUUAUUGGUGAAGUCUCAUCUGAAAACUUUCUGGACUAUAAGAACCGUGGAGUCAAUGGAUCUCACAGAGGCCAGAUCAUUUGGAAGAUUGAUGCCAGCUCUUACUUUGUGGAAUCUGAAACUAAGAUCUGCUUCAAAUACUACCACGGAGUAAGCGGGGCCCUGAGAGCUACAACCCCCAGUGUCACUGUCAAGAACUCAGCGGCUCCUAUUUUUAAAGGUAUUGGCUCUGAGGAGACUGUGCAAAGUCAAGGAAACAGGAGGCUCAUCAGCUUCUCUCUCUCAGAUUUCCAGGCCAUGGGAUUGAAGAAAGGGAUGUUUUUCAACCCAGACCCUUAUCUGAAGAUUUCCAUUCAACCUGGUAAACAUAGCAUCUUCCCGGCCCUCCCUCAUCAUGGACAGGAACGGAGAUCCACGAUCAUAGGCAACACUGUAAACCCCAUCUGGCAGGCAGAGCAUUUCAGUUUCGUGUCUCUGCCAACUGAUGUGCUGGAAAUUGAAGUGAAGGACAAGUUUGCCAAGAGUCGUCCCAUCAUCAAGCGUUUCUUGGGAAAGCUGUCAAUGCCAGUUCAGAGGCUACUGGAGAGACAUGCCAUAGGGGAUAGGGUGGUCAGCUACACACUUGGCCGCAGGCUUCCAACUGACCAUGUGAGUGGACAUCUGCAAUUCCGAUUUGAGAUCACAUCCUCCAUCCACGCAGACGAUGAAGAGAUCUCUCUGAAUGCUGAGCCUGAGUCAGCGGAAGUGCAGGACAGUGUCAUGAAUAGUGUGGUGGAAAACAGCAGUGGGGAGCCUCCCGGUGAUGCUGCAGAAUUCCUCAAGGACUUGAAGCCAGAGGCACCGAGUGAAGAGGAUGGAGUGCGCGGCUCAGAAAAUGAAAACCGAGAGCAUGCCAGGCCAGUCGAGGAAGCUGCGGGUGCUAUGGAGACCAGAGAUGAUAGCAAGUUCUCUGAAGGACCGGAAGAGGUUGGAGAGCUUCAGGACCCAGAGCAACAUGACACCCAGCCCACUCUGAGCGCAGAAGAAGUGGCAGAGCGACUUCCCCUGGGUGAGGGUUGCCCACCCUCGCUGUUGCCAGAAGAGAGUACAGCUCUAGGCAGCAAGGCAGAAGAGGAAGCAAUUCCAGAAAAUGGAGCGGGAGAGGAAGAGAUGCAGGAGAAGGGGAAAGAUGAGGAGGAAGAAGAGGGUGUUUCUGCCCUGGAGCAAGGAGAGCCUGGACUUGAGCUGAGGGCCUCCGUGAGAAAAAAAAGCAGGCCAUGUUCCUUACCUGUAUCCGAGCUUGAAACAGUGAUCGCAUCUGCCUGUGGAGAGGCUGAGACCCCAAGGACCCACUACAUCCGCAUCCACACCCUACUGCACAGCAUGCCCUCGGCCCAGAGGGGAAGCACCACAGAGGAGGAGGAUGCCAUGGAGGAGGAAUCCACCCUCAAGGAGUCCUCUGAAAAGGAUGGGCUCAGCGAGGUGGACACAAUAGCUGCUGACCCACAGUCCAUGGAAGAUGGCGAGAACAAUGGCGCUACUCUCUGCAUGGCAUCCUCUGACUGCUCUGGGGGCCAUUUCUCCAAUUUAUCUAAAAGCAUUGGCGCUGGCCAAGAUGGCGAAGCUCACCCCAGCACUGGGAGUGAGAGUGACUCCAGCCCCCAGCAGGGAGCAGACCACAGUUGCGAGGGCUGUGAUGCCUCAUGCUGUAGCCCCUCAUGCUAUAGCACAUCGUGCUACAGCAGCUCCUGUUAUAGCAGCUCCUGUUACAGCAGCUCCUGCUACAAUGGCAACAAUCGGUUUGCCAGCCACACACGCUUCUCCUCGGUGGACAGCGCCAAGAUCUCUGAGAGCACAGUCUUUUCUUCACAAGAGGAUGAGGAGGAGGAAAACAGUGCAUUCGAGUCGGUACCUGACUCGGUGCAAAGCCCAGAGCUAGAUCCCGAGUCUACAAAUGGGGCUGGGCCUUGGCAGGAUGAACUGGCUGCCCCUGGUGGGAAUGCAGCAAGAACUACUGAAGGUCUGGACUCCCCCAUGGCAGGCCCUAGCAAUAGGAGAGAAGGUGACUGUCCUAUGCUCCAUAAUUCCCAGCCAAUAAGCCAGCUUCCUUCCUUGAGGCCUGAACAUCAUCACUACCCAACAAUCGAUGAGCCUCUUCCACCAAACUGGGAAGCUCGAAUCGACAGCCAUGGACGGGUCUUUUAUGUGGACCAUGUAAAUCGCACAACCACCUGGCAGCGACCAUCAAUGGCGCCUACCCCAGAUGGAAUGAUCAGAUCCGGGUCUGUCCACCAGAUGGAGCAGCUUAACAGAAGGUAUCAAAACAUCCAGAGAACCAUUGCAACAGAGAGAUCUGAAGAAGAUUCUGGCAACCAAAGCUGUGAGCAAAUACCAGACGGAGGAGCUGGAGGUGGAGGGAGUGACUCGGAAGCAGAAUCUUCCCAAUCAAACUUAGAUCUGAGGAGAGAAGGGUCACUUUCUCCUGUCAACUCACAGAAGGUCACCUUGCUGCUGCAGUCUCCAGCAGUCAAGUUCAUCACCAAUCCUGAGUUCUUCACUGUGUUGCAUGCCAAUUAUAGUGCCUACAGGGUUUUUACAAGUAGCACUUGCCUGAAGCAUAUGAUUUUGAAAGUCCGAAGAGAUGCUCGCAAUUUUGAACGCUACCAGCACAACCGGGACCUGGUGAAUUUCAUCAACAUGUUUGCAGAUACUCGGCUGGAACUGCCCCGGGGUUGGGAGAUCAAAACUGAUCAUCAGGGAAAGUCUUUCUUUGUGGACCACAACAGUCGGGCUACUACUUUCAUUGAUCCCCGAAUCCCUCUUCAGAAUGGCCGCCUUCCCAAUCAUCUAACCCACCGACAGCACCUCCAGAGGCUCAGGAGUUACAGUGCUGGUGAGGCCUCAGAAGUCUCUAGAAACAGAGGAGCAUCUUUGCUGGCCAGACCAGGACACAGCCUAAUAGCUGCUAUUCGGAGCCAACAUCAACACGAGUCCUUGCCACUGGCAUACAAUGACAAGAUUGUGGCAUUUCUUCGACAGCCAAACAUUUUUGAAAUGCUACAAGAACGUCAGCCAAGCUUGGCAAGAAACCACACACUCAGGGAGAAAAUCCAUUAUAUUCGGACAGAGGGCAAUCAUGGACUUGAGAAAUUGUCCUGUGAUGCAGAUCUAGUCAUUUUGCUAAGUCUCUUUGAAGAAGAGAUCAUGUCCUAUGUCCCCCUGCAAUCUGCCUUUCACCCUGGAUAUAGCUUCUCUCCCCGCUGUUCACCCUGUUCCUCACCCCAGAACUCCCCAGGUUUACAGAGAGCCAGUGCCAGGGCCCCUUCACCGUACCGAAGGGAUUUUGAAGCUAAGCUCCGCAAUUUCUACCGAAAACUGGAAGCCAAAGGAUUUGGGCAGGGUCCGGGUAAAAUUAAGCUCAUCAUCCGUCGAGACCACUUGUUGGAGGGGACCUUCAAUCAGGUGAUGGCAUACUCUCGGAAGGAGCUCCAGAGAAACAAGCUCUACAUCACCUUUGUUGGAGAGGAGGGGCUGGACUACAGUGGCCCUUCUCGAGAGUUCUUCUUCCUGUUGUCUCAGGAGCUCUUCAACCCUUACUAUGGACUCUUUGAGUAUUCUGCAAAUGACACUUACACAGUGCAGAUCAGCCCCAUGUCGGCGUUUGUAGAAAAUUAUCUCGAAUGGUUUAGAUUCAGCGGCCGUAUCCUGGGCCUAGCUCUGAUCCACCAGUACCUCUUGGAUGCUUUCUUCACCAGACCCUUCUAUAAGGGACUCCUGAAGCUGCCAUGCGAUCUGAGUGACCUGGAAUACUUGGAUGAGGAAUUCCACCAGAGUUUACAGUGGAUGAAGGACAACAACAUCACAGAUAUUCUUGACCUCACUUUCACUGUUAACGAAGAAGUUUUUGGACAGGUAACAGAAAGAGAGUUGAAGUCUGGAGGUGCCAACACGCAGGUGACUGAGAAGAACAAGAAGGAGUACAUCGAGAGGAUGGUGAAGUGGCGUGUAGAGCGUGGUGUGGUACAGCAGACCGAGGCAUUGGUCAGGGGUUUCUAUGAGGUUGUAGACUCAAGGCUUGUCUCAGUGUUUGACGCGAGGGAGCUGGAGCUGGUAAUCGCGGGAACUGCUGAAAUCGACCUGAAUGACUGGAGGAAUAACACUGAGUACCGGGGAGGUUAUCAUGAUGGCCACCUUGUGAUCCGCUGGUUCUGGGCUGCAGUGGAGCGCUUCAAUAAUGAGCAGAGAUUGAGAUUACUUCAGUUUGUGACAGGAACGUCGAGUGUUCCCUAUGAAGGCUUUGCAGCUCUGCGGGGGAGCAAUGGGCUUCGAAGGUUCUGCAUAGAGAAGUGGGGGAAGAUUACAUCUCUUCCCAGGGCACAUACAUGCUUCAACCGACUGGAUCUCCCACCGUAUCCUUCAUACUCCACAUUGUAUGAAAAGUUGUUAACAGCAGUUGAAGAAACCAGCACCUUUGGACUUGAGUGAAGACGUGGAACCUUGCCUGACAUUGUCCUGAACAGUGACAUCACCCUUUCUGGGAUGACUUCCUCCCCUCUUUUGACUUUGGUAUUCCAUGAUUUUUAUUUCAAAGCAAAUUAGAAUUGGCAAAAGCUGUGCAUGAAGAAUUGCCUUCUUCUAGGAUCUAAUCUUCAGGCUUAUCUCCUCUGUUUCCAAUGAACUGCUAGCCUGUAUGCAAUACUACAAAACAGCUGUCUCAAGGUCUGUGUAUACCUCCACAUACCUCCAUUCCUAACAAUGAAAUAUGAAUGCAAGUUAUGCUACACUUGACAAAAUGGUAAUAAAUGUUUACUUCCGUUUCUAUCAUUUAAAGAUAAUUUGAGCUCUAAGCAUUUCAUGCUUUUAUAGUCCCACGUCUUCCAAGCAGAACCACUAUUUUUCCUAAUUUCUAGCAACCAUUCCAGACCUGGGAGCUGACUAAUUUUUUUCCUCUCUAUCUCUACAUUUCCUAUUCAUUCUUUCCAAAUGGACAGCCAAGGCCACACAGAAACUUUUUCUUCAUUCAACUCAUGGUUCAAAGGUGUAUCAAGUCCCAUCAGCCAGAACUAGCCUAGACAUAUGGUGCAAAUAUGAAACUUCCAGCAAUUAACAACAGCAAGAAGGAAAAGGUUAUCAGUAAAUCCAAGGGUUAUAUGGAUUAUUCACUCAGCUUGAGUUCAGAGAAGUGUAGUGGGGGAGUACCCCUGGUGAACCCUCACCACCCAAGAAGCACAAAACUUGUGUACCAUUUCCAAGGAGGAAAUCCUAAUUGCUGUAGGUUGAAGGAUGAGCCUUUACCUCUAAUUCUGUCACAUAGAAAGUGAUAAGGCUGACAGAAAAAAGGACAGGACGUAUGACAUUUAUUCAAAUCCAUGAAUUUUGUUUAACCUAUUCUCAUGCACACAUAGUCCACAUGAAUUCCAUGGCUUCUGUUGCAGCCAGGUUUAUUUACUUGAUAGGCCAACCUUUUGCUUCUUUUUAGCUUUGCUACUUUUCUCAUUCUUUUUUCUUUUCUUUCCUUUUUUGAACUCAUGUGUUCAAAUUCUGUCACACCUGAUGUUCACAGACACCAUAUACAAAGCUGCAGAGCACGAUGGUGCUUGUUAAGGAUCACGGGCAAUAUAAACUUCUCCUUCAUCCAUAGUGAUUCUUUGAAGACACACUGACUUGUAUCCAAAAAAUUCAUUUUUUGUAAAGCAUUCAGCAAAAUAUCUAAGAAAAUGUGUUUUUAGAAAAACAAUCACAGGCUCCACAGACAGCCUGGCAUCUUAAGUACAUUUGAGAUAAAACUAACCAUAAUGGUCAUUUGCUAUUUUUGUAACCAUGUUAUCCGUGUUGUCUGAAAUAUGACAUAAAUGAAAGUGGUUUUUCUUCACUGGGAAAAGAAAAGCUAAAGAGACCCAACUAUUUAAAUAUUCGUUGUUGUAGUCAACAUAUUAAAAUAAAAGGCAAAGUCUGAGAAUGUAAACUUAUGAUAAAGCCGUGCCUCGUGGCUCACUAUAGCAGUGUGUUUUGUUCCUGCACAUUAAAAUAUUUUCUUAGUAAAAAUUAUUCACAAUGCCAUAACACUCUGUGUUCCUGUGUUUCUUUGUCAAGCAAGAAGUAUAUGUGAUACAAACUUAGCUUUCUAUUGCUAUGGAAAAAGAAGUUUUACUGAAAAUGGGGUGUAUGUUGUAUGAAAUACAGCUUGAAGGGUGAGUAAAAUUUGGCCCAAAUUUCAGUAUUUGAAAAAUAAUUCCAAUGGAGCUGUUAUUUAUUAAUGAACUGGCAACAAAAGCAUUGUCAAAAUCACUUUCACUAAAUCUUUAACUCUUAGAAUAGCAUAUUUAGAAUUCAUCUUAUACAUACAUAAAAAAUUGCAAAAAAAAAAUUCAAGCAUUCAAGGUUUUAACCACUUACUUGCCAUACAUUGAAAAGGAGGAUGUUGUUCAAAUGUAGAAAGCUGCUCCUGAAAAGCUUUACGAUUUGCAAAAAUGAGACAAUCUAUUAAUCAGAUUAAACACCAACGUGUAGAAGGAAGAAAUUAUCUUAGAAAUGACAUGUGGAUAAGAAACUCAGAUAAAUGUGUUUUUAAAUUAAUUGUUAGUUGUACCUUUACCAUAUUGCCAGGUUCUACACGAAUCCCAAUAAGCAAGCAUGACAACAAAAGUAUUUCUAAUAUACUCUUUUUAGUGAUUUGAGGAUGUUACAAAGUAUUUCAAUCAUAUUUGCCCAACACGCUUUUCCCUAACUCCUUCAACAUCCACUUCUCAAUACUAAAUUCCUUCUCAAUGUCAUGCCAUCUUUUUUAGUGACCAUCAAGUCCAAUUUGUGCUGUCUGUUCAUAUCUUCAAUUAGUGUGAGGCCAUCCCCUGGAAGAUAUAAAUGUGAGUUCAAGGCCAGUCAACAGAGCACGUUCCAGAACAUCCAGAGUUACGUAGUGAGACUUUGUUUUGAAAAAACAAAAAGAAAAAAAAAAAGAAAGAAAGAAAACUGACUCUUAGCAGCCAUCAGCUGUCAGUAGGUCCUCAGCUAAGACUGGGGCCUCAUGAACCCUUCUUCAAAUAGCAAUCGUAUAAUAGAAAAAUUUUAAAUGCUGUCUAUACUAACACCAAAGUUGCUGACAGAACGUAAAGUUUGCUUCAUAGAGCCCAACACAUGACUUCACCCUUUUGUGGAAGAAGGGAAACCAAAGGGAAGAAGCGCUCAAAAGCUUGUCAUGGAAAGAUACUUUUUACUUCACAUAGGAGACUGAUUUUAAAAUUAUGUUUAAUUCAACAUAUAUGCAUAUGGACAUAUACUAUAUAUGUUUGCAUGGGUACAUGUAAGGAAAACACUGUAGAAAUAGUUUUCUAUUGAUUUCAAUGGUUGGCGAUAAAUUACCUCAAAUCAUAAUUCUUUGGGUAACACAGAUCUUUUGUGACCAUAUGUAAUUCUUUGAACUGUUUUUCUCCAUUAAGUCAAUUAUAAUUACUUGUAAGUCAUAACUCCCCUAAAACAAGAUUUCUCUUAUAUCUAGUUUUAUGAAUAUAAUACAGAACCUUUUGGGAGAAGACAAAAAAUUUUUAAAAAGAUUUAAAAAUUAUGUUACAAUUUGAAAAAGACAAUAAGGUGUUAUCAUAAUUUUAUAGAUAACACAAAUACAUUAUUCAACAACACGAAGAUGACAAUCUUCCCAAUAGAAAUUGAGUCAUCAAGAUCAGAAGUUCUCUAGAACACUGAGUUCUCUGUGACAUCCUGUGUAUGUGAGUUGGAGAACAUCCUGAUGGUUUGCUGCCAUCAUUUUCAUAGCACAAAUACUUCUGGAAAGUUAAGGAAAACAAUCAAAUGCUAGAUGAUAUUUUGGCAAGCUUCCAUUAUGAAAGGCUUAAAUGGUUUUCCUGUUAAUAAUGAAGCUAUAUCAUUCAACAGUAAGAGUAUUCAUAUGGCAAGCCAGUGAGCUGAGUUUUCCACAAAACUUCUAACAGUAUGAGGUCUCAUUGAUAGUUCGUGUAUCAAGUCACGCGUCUGAAAUUUGGGUUCAGAAAAUUUGUAAAUUGCCACAAAUGUUUUCCCAGUCAAGAUGAAACACUUUCAAAAGAAAGUAGUUAGAACUUUACAUAACAAAAUGUGGUGCUUUAUUAUUAUUGUUGUUGUCGUUGUUAUGAUUAUUAUUAUUAUUAUUAUUAUUAUUAUUAUGUCUAACAGUGUUCGUCAUUAAAACUGCAAUACUGUACCAUAAAUGUGCGAUGACUAUUCCAGCCAUCACAAAGUCCAAAAGAGAAAGUAUUAUUUUCCUGUUAAUGACAUGUAGUCCCUUUGUUCUAGUAGAUAAAAGGUGCCUAGAGGUAGUAUAUAGAGUAAAUAUUGUUCCAUUAGUCUAUUUCCUGCAGCUUCCAUUACCUAAGGAAAUGUCCAUAAGGUUUUGUUUACAAGUCUUUGUUCUAGUCAAUAACAGGAGACGUCUUGUUACUGGGCUGAUUUUGCUUACAUCUACAAAAGAAAUGUCACAUGAUACUCAAGACCUCGCUUUCUCUUACAAUCGUACAUCUUCAAGGAAUGUCAAUAAACUCACUUUGGUAUGGCA